AUGGAGCACUCACACUUCUUCGGUGAAGACGAGGGCAUAGCCCAUAUCGUAGACUCGCUUGCUUUUCCAACCAUGGAUUCUUCUUCCCGGGACCCUUCGCUCGAAGACAACGACUUCUCAGAAACUGCCAAGUUCAUUAGCCAGAUCCUCAUGGAAGAGAACGUCGAAAACAAGCCAUUCUACGACUCACUCACCUUGCAAGUCACCGAGAAAUCCUUCUACGACGCUCUCGCCGGUAACCUACCUCCUUCCCCCAAUCAACACCCCCUUGCUUUCAGUCCCGAAGCUGAUACAACCACCACCAACAGCAGCAGCAGCAGCAUCAACAACAACAAUUUUUCAGAUGAAAAUUCUAGUGAGUUGAAGCUUCCCUCUCCAGAUUCUGUUUCUGUUUUUACGUUUAACUCCCCCGCCCUUUCCCAACCAUCUCCUUCAUUUGCCGCCAAUCAUGGACUCCAAGAUUUGGAUUCUUCUAUUGCCAAGCUCUUGGCACAGAAUAUUUUCAACGAUGUUGAUUCCGUUUCCCAGUUUAGGCGAGGCAUGGAGGAAGCUAGCAAGUUUCUUCCUCCUGGGCCUAACCUUGUGACUGGUCUAGAUUCAAUUGGAGAACAAGCGGAAAAUAAGUCUGGAGAGACUUCGUCUGGGUUGAAGAGUGGGAAGAAUCACAAGCGGGAAGAGAGAUACGCUAUUGAAGAAGAAGAAAAAGAAGAAGAAAAAGGGAGAAGUAACAAGCAAUCAGCCCUAUCCCAUGUUGAUGAGAGUGACUUGUCAGAUGCUUUUGAUCGGGUGUUGCUUCAUGAGGGAAACAUGUGUAGCGAACACAGUUAUUUGCCAAGUGGAGCAGUGAAGGUUGAGGAAUCAGAUGGAGGGAGGGGUCGUUCUAGGAAACAAGGGAGGAACAAGGAAACAGUUGAUUUGAGGAAUCUUCUGUUGAUGUGCUCACAAUCUGUGUAUGCCAACGACAACAGGACUGCCAAUGAAUUGCUAAAGCAGAUUAGGCAACACUCUUCUCCCUUUGGGGAUGCAUCACAGAGGUUGGCUCAUUACUUUGCCAAUGGCCUUGAGGCACGCUUGGUUGGGGAUGGUACAGUUGCACAAGGAAUGUAUUCUUUUCUGAUCUCCAAGAGGAGCUCUGCUGCUGAGUUUCUCAAGGCAUACCAGGUUUUCCUUUCUGCUGCCCCUUUCAAGAAGUUUACAUAUUUCUUUGCAAAUAAAAUGAUUAUGAUAGCAGCUGCUAAGGCAGAAACCAUCCAUAUUAUUGAUUUUGGCAUCCUAUAUGGUUUCCAUUGGCCAAUUCUUAUUAAGCUUUUAUCAAAUAGAGAGGGGGGUCCUCCCAAACUGAGGAUCACAGGGAUAGAGUUUCCCCAACCUGGCUUUCGCCCCACAGAAAGAAUUGAGGAGACUGGUCGCCGUCUGGCUAACUAUUGUAAGCGAUACAAUGUUCCCUUUGAGUACAAUGCGAUAGCAUCAAGGAAUUGGGAAACAAUUCAGGUUGAAGCCCUUAAAAUUGAAAGCACGGAGCUAGUUGCUGUCAAUUGUCACAUGAGGUUUGAGAAUUUACUGGAUGAGUCUAUUGAAGUGAACAGUCCUAGAAAUGCAGUCUUGCAUUUGAUCAGGAAGAUAAAUCCAGAUAUUUUUACCCAUUCCAUCACUAAUGGAUCAUAUAAUGCCCCCUUCUUUGCCACAAGGUUUAGGGAGGCUUUGUUUCAUUAUUCUGCUAUUUAUGAUAUGUGUGACACUGUCAUACCUCGUGAAAACGAGUGGAGGUUGAUGAUUGAGAGAGAGCUUUUGGGCCGGGAGGCUACGAAUGUUAUAGCAUGCGAAGGUUCUGAGAGACUUGAGAGGCCCGAGACAUACAAACAGUGGCAGGUUAGGAAUACAAGGGCUGGUUUCAAGCAGCUCCCAUUGAAUAAGGAAUUAAUGGCCAAAUUUAGGACCAAGAUAAAGGAAUGGUACCACAGAGAUUUUGUCUUUGAUGAAGAUAACAAUUGGAUGCUUCAAGGUUGGAAGGGCCGCAUUUUGUAUGCUUCCACUUGUUGGGUGCCGGCAUAA